AUGGCACCGCCUCUAAGUAUUCAUAGGGUUGUAGUUGUUUCUCUUUUUCUUCCAUAUACAGUUUCUUUCGAUAUUGGUAAAGAGAGAGAAAUCACCUUCUCUCCAGUUGAUAUUAAUUUGACGGUUCCAAAGCCAAACCUCAUUGAAAGGCUGGCGGCUAAGCGCGCUGACGGACCCGUUACCCCCAGUCAACAAAUUGAAGAUCCUAUUAAUAAGCUUUUCCCUUCGAAAGGGCAUACUACUCCACCACCUACAACUGGACGGACUCAACCUCGUAGUCGCGCACAAAAGCUUGAAUUAAAUAAUAAAGGAUUUUCGUCUCUUCCUUUUUCCUCACGUCGUGUUUCCAUUGAUAGUUCGAAAGUUUUCGAUGAAGCUCCUUGGACUGUUGAACCUUGUACGCAAGGCAAUAUCGGUUUACAAAAUGCUAUAAACUCUGUCGCCCAAAACUUUACUAAACGUGUCUGGAUAGGAACUCUUGGCAUGCCUACAGACGUGCUCACAGAAAAGACGCGAGAGAAUAUUCGUGUCAAAAUGACGACAGAAUAUGAUUCAAUUCCUGUAAUUGUUGCAGAUCAAGAUUUUGAAGGACAUUAUAAUCAGUUUUGUAAGCAAGUUCUUUGGCCUACUUUUCAUUAUGUUCUUCCAGAUAAUCCAAAGAAUAAAAUUCAGGAAGAUAAAGGCACUUCAUGGAAACAUUAUGUUGCGCUUAAUCAAUACUUUGCUGAUAUCAUCACGGAGAAUUAUCAACCCGGCGAUAUAAUUUGGGUCAAUGAUUAUCAUUUAUUGUUGGUCCCAGGAAUGAUCCGUAAAAAGCUUCCAAACGCGAUGAUUGGAUUUUUUCUUCAUAUUCCAUUCCCAAGUUCAGAAAUCUUUAGAUGUUUGCCUGUACGCAAAGAGUUACUUGAAGGUGUUCUUGGAGCAGAUCUGAUUGGGUUCCAGACUUGUUCUCGAAUAUUGUCAUUAGAGACUACUCCUAAAGGAAUUCAACUUGAAAAUAACUUUGUUUCUGUUGGUAUUUUCCCAAUUGGAAUCGAUAUUCAGGCUUUAAAUGAAAAAAGGAAAGAUCCGGAGGUACGUUAUUGGAUUGGGGUACUCGGUGAAAAGUAUAAUGGUAAAAAAUUAGUAGUUGCACGUGACAAGUUGGAUUAUGUUAAGGGAGUCCGUCAAAAGAUGCUUGCUUUCGAGACCUUUCUCACGAUGCACCCUGAAUGGCAAGGAAAGGUCGUUUUAAUUCAAGUCGUACUUUCUACUACUGAACAAAAUGAACUACAAAGCCAAGUAUCAGAUGUAGUGGCUCGAAUCAAUUCGAAGUUUAGUAACCUUUCGUAUCAGCCAGUCGUAUAUCUUCAUAAAGAUAUUACUUUUAGUCAAUACUUGGCGCUUCUUUCAGCAGCUGAUGUGUGUCUGAUUACUUCAUUACGCGACGGAAUGAAUUUGACAUCACACGAGUAUGUGAUUUGUCAAGAGGAAAAGCAUCGACCAUUGAUUCUUAGCGAGUUUGCUGGAACUUAUGGAAGUUUUGGUGCAGCUAUUCGUAUUAAUCCAUGGGAUUAUCAAGAAUGUGCUGAAGCUAUUCAUGAGGCUUUAAUUAUGAAUGACGAAGAGGCUACAACUAAAUGGAAGGUUACAAGUUUUGUUUCAGAACUUGAAAAGGUUCAUAGUGAUAUGCAGCGGCGCUUUUCAAUUCAUAUUCCUCAUUUGAACCCAAGAUCUUUUUUGGGAGAUUUCAAAGACGCUCAAAAAAGAUUGUUUUUGUUAGAUUAUGAUGGUACGCUCGCAGCUUAUGAAAAAGCCCCAAACACUAUUAAUUCGACAAAACGCCUCGUUGGUCUGUUAACUAGACUUACAAGCGAUUCACAUAACGUGGUAUAUGUAAUGAGCGGAAGAACAUUCGAAAGUUUAGAAGAACAAUUAGGGGAAGUACCCAAUUUAGGAAUGAGUGCUGAAAAUGGGUCAUAUUUGAAAUUAAUCGGUGGUAAAUGGGAAAAUUUAUUUACCGAUUUGGAUAUGAGCUGGAGAGAUCAAGUGGAUGAGAUAUUCGAGUAUUAUACCGAAAGAACUCCAGGAUCACUUAUAGAAAAAAAGAAUGUAUCAAUUGUUUGGCACUAUCGUUCUGCUGAUAAUUCUAGUUAUGGAGCUUGGCAAGCUGCUGAAUGUCAGAACCAUAUCCAAGACGCAUUAGGGUCAACAUAUCCAAUUCACGCAAUUGCUGGAAAUAAAAAUAUUGAGGUUAUGCCACGUAACAUCAACAAAUCUGUUGCUAUUAGGCAAAUUCUUACAACAAUAGAACCAGAUUUUAUUCUUUGCAUGGGAGAUGAUCGAACAGAUGAAGACAUGUUCGAUUUUGUAAAUAAGUUGGAAAAUGUUAAAACAGCAAUAACUUGCACAGUUGGAUCAAAGAGUAGCGAAGCAAAAUGGUUUGUUAGUGGUGUAUUGAGGUAA